AUGGAGAAUUUAUCCAUCAUCGUCAGAUUUGAGAUGACACUGGAUCCGCUUUCCAUCCCUCCAGGAGCCAAAUAUCCCAUAUUUUUCAUGGGCAUCUUUAUCUACAUGUUUAGUGUUUUUUGCAACCUGACUCUGUUGUUUCUCAUUAUGUUACAACAAAGUCUCCACAAGCCAAUGUAUUUUAUUCUGUUCAGUCUUCCCCUGAAUGAUCUUGUUGGAAUCACAUCAAUGUUCCCCAAGUUUCUCUCUGACAUCGUAACAGAAACCAACUACACAUAUUAUCCUUUCUGUGUGUUUCAGGCUUUCUUACUCCACAUGUAUAGUGGCGGUGUUUUGUUUACCCUGUCUGCCAUGGCGUUUGAUCGUUACAUUGCCAUUUGUAUGCCACUGCGAUACAAUGCUAUCAUGACACCAAAGGUUGUGAUGGGAAUUAUUGCUCUUAUGUGGGGCCUUGAUCUUUCAUUCCUUGGCAUGUUGUUCUCGUUGCAGGGAAUGCAUUCUAGAUGCAGGUCUCACAUUGUAAGUUUGUUUUGUGAUAACCCCUCUCUCCUUAAACUUACCUGUAGCGAUACCACAGUUAAUAACAUUUUUGGCCUAGUGUUAACUGCAUUAAUGCAGGUUCUUACAAUUUCGAUUCAAGGAUUUUCAUAUGUGAAAAUUUUGCUCACAUGUUUGGCCUCAAGCAGAUCUAAAGCAAAGAGCAAAGCCAUCAACACCUGUCUUGCUCAACUGACUAUCCUUAUCAUAUAUGAAAUAGUUACGAUUUUCUAUGUACUGUCCCACAGGUUCUCGUAUGUUCAUUCAAAUCUGCAAAAGAUUAUGGGGAUGCUAAUUUUUUUAGUGCCACCUCUGUUGAAUCCAAUUGUUUACGGACUAAACAGCCACAAAAUACGAAAACAUCUGUUAAAAGUCUUUAAAAGGAGAAUCUCAGUGUAA